AUGGUAGUGUUGAAUGAGACUCCACUCUAUGAGACACCGGCAUCAGAUUCACGUAUGGAUUCCCCGAUGAGUCAAGACUCACCCAUCGAAAAGGAGCCAAGGCCUAUUGGGAGGAAGGGGGCCAAGGCGAAGAGAUGGAGUAAUUCUACCAAGAAUGCAUCUAAAUUUUUGGAGGAACUUUCAAAGCACCAAGCCAUGAGAAUUGAAAUGGACAUGAAACAACAAGAGCACGAUAGGGCAAUUCAACUAGAAUAUGCAAAAGAAAGGGAGUAUGUCUGCAAUGAAAGGGAGUAUGUACGCCAACAAAACAUUGAAAAAAAAGAUCGGGAAACCAUGGCAAUGGAUACAAACCGUAUGUCCCCUGAAACAUAA